UAAGCCGCAUCCUGACGCGAUCAUGUGUCCGGUGUCAGGUGCGCGGAUCGGAUUAUGGGCGGGAUACGGCAGCCAGCUGGGGGAGUGAUCCGCUCAGGGAGAGAGAAAGAGAGAGAGAGAGGGAGAGGGAGAGGGAGAGGGAGAGAGUGAGACUGUUUGGGGGAUCAGUAACAGGAACGACUCGAUGGGAAUCACAUCAGGAUUAUCCCCUCAGUAACAGCAUUAGGACGACAUCUCCAGCACGUACUUUGUUGUACCCAGAACAAGAGCUUUUGUUGUGGUGAUACCUCUUUGGCAACGAGCAGGAUGCAGAAAACUGGGGAUGCAGGAAAAGUUCAUAAGCUCUCUGCAGCCAGGUAAUCUGCAUGGUUGCUGGACUGCAAUCAUGUAGCCUCUUUAUCGAUAUUUUUGUUUUCUACACGACAUGCAGAAGACUUUUAAGACCAGCUUCUAUUGAGAGAUCAGUGAGAGGUUGAUUUUGGGUCCUUGUUCGUAUAGCCUCUACUGAUCCGGACAAACAUGGCAAGACUCCGGAGGAAAGCUUGCAUCGCUCUGCUCCUCUUCACCAUAUUCAUAUUCGGGACCAUGAUGGGACUGAGGACCCUGAAGCCCACCGAUGGCUUCUCGGAUCUGGCUCCAGGGUUAGACCUCCUGCCGAUGAUAGGAGGGAAGGUGGACCGACGCUCCGUGUCCCGGGACACCACCUCGUCCCCGGUUCAAGCCCAAAACCCUGCAGGCAGCAACACCAAAGCAGUUUUGUCAAACUCCGGUCCAGAGGGGAUCAUAUUUUACGAUGUUCAUAUUUUUUACCACAUCUGGUACGGCACCCCGCAUAUGGACGGAAAGUACAUUCACUGGGACCACAUUCUGGUUCCACACUGGGACCCCAAAAUCGCAUCCAGCUACCCGAGGGGGAGGCAUAUGCCGCCCGAGGAUAUCGGCUCUAGUUUUUACCCCGAGCUUGGUCCAUACAGCUCCAGAGACCCGGACGUGUUGGAGUCCCACAUGGAGCAGAUUGGAGCUUCUGCAGCAGGUAGAGUUCAGAGAUGUCAAGAACAGAGUGGAAAAAAAAAACAGCUGAGUAUCGUUUUGUUGCUGAGAAACUGCACAUAAUCCGCCCUUUCUCAGCACCAGCUGCCCCAUUCUCACUCUCAACAUUUUCAGCACCACAGAUCCACUGGACAGCUCCCCAAACACUCGACUCAGAGUCCCUUUUAUCUGAGCAGAAAGAGGAACUGAGUGGGUUUAAUAACUCUAAUUAUGUGCAGAUCAACUCCAGAAGAAAACAUGACCUUUAUGAAAAUCAAAAUCUAAAAACGUGCAUUCUUUAUUACGCUUUUAGACUAUUAAAGCUGGAUUGCCCGUGUGUAACCUCCAAUUGCCCCUCAACAAACACACACACUCUGUAUUGAGUGGUAUAGACAGGUGAUGAAAAUCCAGGGUUCUCAUCAGGAUGAAGGUCUCUCCUUUAUUCCAGAGCAAAUGUGUAGUGUUGGUCAGGAAACCCUGAAACUACAGACCGUAAACCAAAAAAAGACCAACAAAUAAAUCAGUAAAACCAAAUCGAUAAAAAAUUACCAGAAUAUAGAGCUUCAUAAGUUGUGAGUGUGUUGUAUAGUUUUAGAUUUUACUUUGUGGUCAGGCAAUGUGAAUGAUUAUAAAUGCCCUUUAUUUGUAUUCUUCAGACUUAGGACUUAGAACUGUUUUUUAUGCAUGUUUUGUUUUAUUUUGGGUGGCACAGUGGUCUAGUGGUUAGCACUGUCGCCUCACAGCAAGACGGUCGUUGGUUCGAAUCCGGGUCAGGUGUGUGGAGUUUGCGUGGGUUUACUCCGGGUAAUCCGGUUUCCUCCCACAUCCCAAAAUCAUGCAGAAGUAGGGUUAGGUUAAUUGGCCACUUCCAAAUUGCCCGUAGGUGUGAACGUGAGCAUGGAUGGUUGGAUUGGCGACUUGUCCAUGGUGUCCCCUGCCUUCGCCCGAAGAUGCUGGGAUAGGCUCCAGCCACCCUGCGACCACCAACGGGGAAAAAGCGGUAGAAAACGGACGGACGGAUGUUUUAUUCUGGAUCCACCAUUAGUCAAAACAAAAUAUGCGGAAACUAUUCUUCCUGGGGUCCUUAUCUUCCUUUCCGUGUACUUACAGACAGUCAUUCGUACUGUAGCUCUUAUUCUCUUUUGCUUGUUGAAAAAUUAACCAAUACAUAAAUAAGAUGAAGAAAGAAAAGUGAAAAGACAAAAAAAGAAAAGCAGAACUUGUUUUACGGAUAACAAGAAAAUCCAUCAGAGAGAAGAGCUGAACUCAAUUUCAUUCAUGGUACUCCAGAUGUAAACAAAUACACCUUUAAUUAGUUGUUAAAGCAACUCCUGUUAGUGUCUGAAAUGAAAAAGUUAGGUAUCACCAGUGGACAGUCCUUUUUAUUGCCUCUCUAAUGCCUGCCUAGUACCAUACUGAUGUCCCUUAGUAAAAAAUGUGAGUUUAAAUGUUCUUUACGGUGUUGAAAGGUAUGCUCUUGCUUUUUUCCAACAAUGGUUUUGCCUUCCUAAAAGAGAGCAGAGUCGUGUGGCCUGGUAUCGAGUAACAGUCUGGUGAGUCCAGCUGAUAGCAGCCAACACAUGAUAGGCUCUGGUGUUUUCUACCCUGCGGCUUAGUAGGUUACUGUACACCAACUGAAAUGAUGACCAGACGAUCCAUCCCGUCUGGUCAUCAUAGCGGCGACAGAUGGAUCAUGGGAGCGCCGGCUCUCAAUCCCUAACUAAAACAAUCCAUUAAAUUAGAAAACACACCCAGCAAAACUCUGAGCGGUCCCUCUCGGCUAAAUGACACCCACCCAGCCCCCCUCCCAAACACUUUUAAGAGGCCCAUAAAUAAAAUGAAGAGCUGUGGUCAUAUUCUUAAUACACACAGACAUAGUUUGAGUACUGUAAUAUACAGUAAUAGUCUCACGGCUCCACAGCAAGCAGCCAUGAGUUAAAUGAAUUACCCUCAAGUGCCAGGAUCUACUGGUGCCAGGAGCUGCUGUGGCUUACAUGGAGUUAUUUCUCAACUAGCAUUAGAGCAUGAGGUUGCAUUUUCCCGCUGGAAUUUAUGAGCUGUCACACAAUCGCAGAGAAAGAGAGGCUGCCACUAAAAUGGUCCAGAUGACAGAUACAUAUUCAUCACUCAGGAGCAGGUAAACAAAACAUCCAUAAAGACACGCACAAUGACCUGCAAUCACAAAACAAGCAGAGUUUUGCUUAAUUUGGUGUCUUACAAGUGUCUGUUUCCUGCAACCCACAGUCUUAUUUUCUAUCUUUGCAUAUAACAUCUUGCUGCAAACCCUUCUGCCAUGUUUGUGCCGUGCAACAUGAACAAUAAUUACCCUGAUGGAUUCCCGGAUCAGAAGUUUCUAACCUGUUCAAUAAAAGUCUAAGUGGCUGAGUUUAUUUGAUAGUCUCAGAUGAGUCUGUAAAACUGAGCUACAUGAGAAUCCUCACUGUUGAUUAAUGAAAGCAAAGGUUUUUCAGCUCAGAUGUCAUCCCACAGAGGUGUCAGCAUUUCUCACAAUGAGUGUGUAAUCCAUUAUGUGCCAGAGAGAGAAGUCUCAGAAGUAUUUGUGCCCUUUGGCUUUAAUCUGUAGAAGUUCACUGAGGUAUUGAACAAUGUUGUUAGUCCAAGAUAAAUGAUCAGACUCAUGAGUUUCUGAUUCCACAGGGGUUCUUGUCCUGUCCUGGUAUCCCCCUGGCCUCGCUGAUGAUAACGGGGAACCCUCUGAGGAUUUGGUACCGGCUGUUCUGGAUGCUGCGUAUAGACAUAACCUCAAGGUAGGAGCACAUUUACUAUUCCUAGGUUAAAAAAAAUGCGUAAGAGUAACAAUAAAUUGGGGAGAUAGUACAAAAUAGCAUAAAAUAAACACCUAAUCAUACAACAGGAAAAGAUGCAAUUUAAAAAAGAAGGAUUAGCCAAAAACUUUACUGAUGUCUACAGUAAAAGAGACAAGUAAUCUAGCUCGUGGAGAAAAACUGGACUUGUCUCUAACAUGACACGAAACCCAAAUCCAAGCUAAAGUACCUUCUCACAAUUUUUAGGAACUACCUGCAAGAAAGUCAAUCGCCGAGCCAAAGAUACAUAUCUUUUCAACUAUUCAGCAGUUUUCUCAAAGCUGUAACAACAUGGUCAGAUGCUCAUUUCCAGAGAAUUAGACGGUUUAAAUUUAGGCACACUGUAUAAUGUUGAUUGAUUGAUUGAUUGAUUGAUUGAUUGAUUGAUUGCUUGAUUGAUUGAUUGAUUGAUUGAUUGGUUGGUUGGUUGGUUGGUUGAAGUUUAUUUAGAAUAUGCAAACCAAAAAUAUAAAAAAAAAACAAAAAAAAAACGUUUUGCCUAAUUUUCUUAACAUAAAACAUAGAAAUACAUAUUUGAAAAGGAGUGAGAAGAAGAAUAACUUAUGAACUCCCACCCCUUCCCUUUAAAUAAUAAGUACCCACACCAGGCUUCCUUGCAACUUGUUCAGAUGUUCCUGAUAAUUAUGAUAAAUAAAGUACGUUCAUGACUUUGAACACACAGUAGCGCUAUAAAGAUAAAUGUGGGGAGAAAAUGAAAAAGGCUCGAACAUAGAGCCUUGGGGGACUCCAGCCAGGUCUGUGCCCCCUUGGCUUUCAUCAUCCACAAACUGGAUAAAAACACAGAAAAAAAGCUAAAACUGGACACAUAAGGUUCUUCAUAAUGGUAUCAAAGUUGGACGAUUAAUUAACCUUUCAUCUUUGUUAAGUUAAAUGUCCAUUUACAGAGAAAUAACCAGAAUUUUCCUCUCUGUGCAGCUGACAGACGGAGGCAGAAACAUUUAUAAUUUUUCUCCAUCUUGUCAUUUCACUUCGACUGCAGUGAUACAGGAGGAAGAAAAGGCUUAUUGAUGCUUCACAGAGUUGAAGCAGAGAGCUUAAUACUUCUCAGAAUAGUAAUCUCAAACAAAGCCAGUGCGCUGUGGUGAGAUCAACACAGAGGUGACAGUUUCUUUUUGCCACAGGAGAGUAAGAUUGAGAGCUGCAGAACUCGCUCGGCUGCCUCCUCUAAAGCCGUCUUUGCUGCUUAGGGAUUUGACUCCGGAUGUUUACCGCUGCAGUGACAUCUCCAGCAUGAGAGCAAAAACAGGUCAAAGAGCUGCUGCUGCUGCUGCUGCUGCUGGAUCAGUUGUUCAGUGAGGCCUGAAUGAGCUUGGGAGCACAUCAGCAGGGUGGAGAAGUGGGGGGGAAGCCGAAUCACAUGACCAAUUGCCAAUUAGGUUGGAAAAUGGCACGUUGUAGGAAAUAAACUACGGCUUAUGCUGGCUUCCUUCUGGCUGUCACUGAAUGAAAAAGCUUGUUUUCACAGGGGAUGCACACAUGUAACCGGAUAUAAUUAUUGCUCGAUACUCUUGAGGUCAACAGAGGGGUUAGGCCAGUUUGAAAUCAACCUAGAGUGAUCAGAACUUUAUAUUUUAAAAGAAAAUCUUAAAAAAGUCUGUAACAUGAGCAUAAAAGACAGUUUCAUGUGUUUAUUUAUUUUUACUUAUCAACAAAUGCUUAUAUAGCUUUUAAGUGGGGCUGUUUUCUAUAUCAAUUUAAAAUGACACGUAGGAAGGACAGGCCUGUAAGAGUUUUUCUAUGUUAUAGCAAGUCUCAUUAAUAAUGCACCGACAGCAUUUAUGAGGCACACUACAUGUUAAAGUAUAAAAAAACUGACAUGCAGGAAGUACAGGAGCAAGAAAAAAGCAUUAACAUUACGGUUUUGCCGGAGUUCCUCUGUUUUAUAGAGCCGAAUGACUAAAAGAUGAAGGAUAGACAUGAAAAGAGCUCUUUCAUUCAUUUUAUAUUUUCCAUUCUUGAAAAAGAUGAAUUCACAAAAUUAUAAAAAUUCAUAGGGAUUCCACAACUUUUCUUAUCCAUAAUAUCACACAAACCACUUAAAUAAGUCAAGGGAAACAUUCGUUCAUCAUAACUCUAAGAUACGAAAAUUUCAAGACUUUUGAACAGAAUUUUGAGUCCAGUUUCAAAAACCAUCAAACUGUAUGGUGAAACUGGCUUCUAUGAGGACUGCCCCUGCAAAGGAAGACCAAGACCUACCGCUGCUGGAGAGGUCAAACUUAAUCGAGUAACCAGUCUCAGAAACCGCAAUUUAACAUCUCAAACCAGAGCUCAAAUAAAAGCUUUACAGAGUUAAAGUAGCAGACACAUCUCUACAUCAACAGUGAUCACGGAAAAGGUGAGAGGAUGGUUUCUACAUGUGCGGUUCGACAUAUGCGACAAGAUUUCUCAUCUGGUUUGUGCAUUGUGGUGCUUUAAUUUGUUUCUCAAGUGGAGUUCUUCAUCAAAUUACCUGGCCUUCACAAUCACCUGACCUAAACCUACUUGAGUUUGUUUGGGGUUGAAGUCGACAAGUUCUUUACGUCUCUGGGAACUACUUGAAGACUAUUGAAAAGCGUCCAGCUCACAAUCUAAAGAAGCUGGAAGAGAAAACGCCAAGAGUGCCACAAGAGCUUUCUGUUAUGGAAAUAUAUGCAUUACUUUUCCCUUCUGAUGCAGAAGGACAAAGCUGUAGCAGUGAAUCUUAGUUCGUCUUCAGACAAGAAGACUUUGUCCACUGCCAAGACUUGUAAUUUCCAAUCUAGUUACCAGAGAGUCUGGCGCAGCAAAUAGCGAUGACCCAGGUGUAGAUCACGUUAGCGCGGCAGACCGAGGAGGAGCCGCUCCAUCCAAGCAGCCAAGGCUUGAUUUAAACUGGCAUCAGCUCCACAAUCUGUGAGCCAGUGGGGACCAAACAGACUGAUAGCGAGGUUUGUUGGUGAAGACAUGCUCCCCAUAUCAAACUGUUGAGUCUGCUGCUUUCAAAGAACUAAUUAGCAGAAUACUUGGAGAAGAGGAGGAGUGCAUUAAUGAGAGUCUUGAAGCAAAAAGAAGUCACUUUUCAAAGUCACUAAUGACUUUUAUAUCCCUCUAACUCAAUUACGCCUUGAUAUCUGAUUAUACAAAUACCAAAAUAUUCUGAUGUAGAGAUAAAGAAAAGAUAUUCAUGUUUCGCCCUGUCCUUGGUAUAAACAGCUCAACUGUGUUGAAAGAAGUUUAUGAAGCCAAUCUGUUAGUCAAAUCUGUAGUUUGAUUGCAGGCAAAGCAAUAAUGAAUCUCAGAGAGGUCGAGACAAAAUUGCAGAGAUCACACAUGCCAGGCUGGUGAGGUUUCACUCAUGAUGGUGUGAAGGUAGGAGAUAAUAGACUGAAUUCAGUGCUCUCUGUUAUUGUGAUCAGUGACUUAGCAAGCUUGGCAUUUUCAUUAAAGGGAUAUUCCAGCGUAAAAUUAAUUUAGGGUCAAACGCACCGUAACACCAAGUUAGACACCCCGUCGAGGGAUGAAUGUUGCUGACUGCUUGCUUCUCUAGUUAUACCAACUUAAGUAACAACCGCACGAUAGCAAUACAGAGAGCAACGCGCGUAACCAAAACACCACUCUAUAGCCACAAAUAAUGCUCAGAACAGCAACUUACUUCAUCAACAGUACAUAUAGGGUCACAGCUAUAGUACUAGCCACCAAACAUCGUUUUAAAUUCGCCUAAUUUCUUUAACAAAGAGACUAAACACAACUCACCCACUCUCUUCCAGCAGCCGCUUGUUUGUAGUGAGACCUCUGGGCGAGUCCAUUGACUGCAGCGGGGUGACGCAGCUCAAGGAAGAACAUUUAUAAUCAUUUCUUUAUCAUUUCCUUGAAGUAAUAUUCAUCAUAUUAAUCAAAUUUCACUGCAGACAUGGUAGUUCUUCUGCUUUAGCGUCUUGGUCUGAUUGCAUUUCCAUGAAGAAAUAAUGGUAUGACUAGAGAAGCAAGCAGUCUGCAACAUUCAUCUCUCGACAGGGUGUCUAGCUCAGUGUUACGGUGUGUUUGGGGCUAAAUUAAUUUUACGCCGGAACAUCCCUUUAAGAAAUGCACAAAGAAUUCAGGUGUCAAAACAAGCUGUUCUGCCCUCUAUACUGCAACUUAUCCAAGUAUUUUAGCAUCUCUGUAAAUGUAGUAGCCAGAGUUUCCAUUCUCGUCUUUUAAGAACAGUUAGAAAAUCCUCCAUUUCCCUUUAAAAACAUGGCUUCUGAAUGACUUGUUUCUAUUAAAUAUAGUGUCUUUUAGCAUUUCCCUCCUGAUAUGUUUGCUUCCAGGUUCUCUUUUCGUGAUGAACUCCUCCCACUCCCUCUGCACAGGAGGACAUUUAUCUUUUGAGUGCUUCUUCUUGCAUAAUUUCAGUAAAACGCUGACAAGGUAAAGUGCCUUGGCUCUGAUCGUUUGGAACUCUAAUGCAAAUUCUCCAAAGCAACACUCAUGAAAAAUGUCUUUGCCCUUUUCUACUGAAAAGAAGGAGGAGAAGCUCGAGAGAGGAGGACAGAUGGUCCAGCAGGAGAGGUGGAAGCAGUCAAAAAUAUAUUAAUAUAUGUCAGAGCUUGAUUCAGGAAAUUCCCCUUCCGGUAAUUCACUCCGGUCGUUCUAAGAAAUGUUUGUGAUAAUUUAAGAGUAGAUUUGUUUUGAAACAUUACAUCCUUGGCUAACAUCCAUCACUGGUAUAUACCUUCUCAGAUAGGCCUUCAAAAUAAAAGCCUAAAUUACUUGGUUUAUCACACUCCCCACAGUAGCACCCAUUUGUCAUUUUGUGGUGAGUCUCAGCUUCACUGUAAAAGUCAAACAGAGGCUUCACUUUGGUUUUCUUCAGGGGUUUGAAAAGACAACAAAAUUUCUUAUGAUUUACCUGUAGACUUUUCAAGCUUUGUAUGUCUCCAAGUUGAAAACCAAAAUCUCUCACCACUAUAUUCCAAGCCCCACACACAGAUCUUUCGUUCUAUAAAAAUGAAAAUGGAGAUCUGGCGCUUGGAGAAAACCGAAGGCAUGAUUUCACAAAAAUAGUGUUAUAAAACUGGAAAAAAGCAGAUUUUAGUCAGAAUGGACACAGAAACAACAAGAAGAGUGAACUUUCAGAAGUCUUUUCAAGUAUUACAUGAAGGAUUCAUAAAUGCUUGUCUUGUAUUUUCUUUUUCAGCUGAUUGUUUUCACUCUCACUUGUCCGACAUUGUCUGUUCUUGCAGUCACAGCGGCACUCCUCCUCAGAGAGGCUGAGUACAAUAAGUAUCCUUACAGAGCAGUCUGAAACAGCAUAUGUAAAUGAGUCUUUAGAUUGGUUUUAUGAAGCUCACUGGGGCAUGAAUAUGACAUUAACCUUUCAGAGAUUCAUGGCUGAAUUGAGUCUGUUAGAGGACCUCAGGCCCAAACUUUAUAGUUGAAUCACAGCUGACCCAAAAAGAAGUUGAUUUAUUCAUGGGGAAGUUAAAAUCCUCGACAUUCAGACAAGGCACAGACAGUAGCCCCGAAAUGUUCCCCAUAUUUGUUUAACUAAAACCAGGAAAAAAGGCAUUUUUUGGCUGAUCACAGCCAGAAUAUGGAGUAUAGCCAAGAAGGUUACUCAUACAAGGAAUUUGUCUUGUUGUUUUGGCGCAAAAAACAAUGACUGCAGAAGUAGAACAGAAAAAAAGUGCAUUAGUGAAAUGCAGUUGAACAGCAGCACUGCUACUGACAAGAUAAAUAUGUAAACAAAUCCAAAGUGUGUUCAAAAUUUGCAAUAAAGGAGGCUGUUCAUAUGUGCAAGAAGGUACAAGGUGAUGAUGCGCAGUGUAAUAUACAUUACUUUAAUCUAGUGUGUUGGUAUAAUGUAAUGCAAAAGGUCUGAUGCAGAUUCUUCCCAUUACUAUAAUGUGAAGCUGGAUGCUGGGGGUGGGGCUAAGGCUGUUUCGUGAUUAAUGAACCUGGUAGUAAGAGGAAAAACAGUUCUUGUGGCGUGAGGUUUUGGCAUGAGGUUUUGGUCUUGGUGGGCCACAGCCUUUUGCUAGAGGGGAGGCUCUCUAAGAGUCUGCAUCCUGAGUGAGACGGGUCAUCCACAGACUUACCUGCCAACCUCAGGGUCAUGAAGAAACAGCAACUUGAAGACAAUUAGUAUGACCAUUGAAAAGAAUAAUUACUGCAGCUCUGAAAUUAAACAUUUAGAACAAACCACACAGUGUAUUUUACUUUUGUCUGUUCCAACUCUAUUCAAUUCAGAUUUUCUCGGAUCCCUCGAAAGUGGGUAGAGCUAAGCGACUACAGCACGAUUUUAAGUUUUUGAGAGACAUGGAGGUGUAGAAGUGUGUUAACUUCCACCAACACCUUAUUUACUCACUACUUUAUCUGGAGGAGGAUGAAAGAAAACUUAAUUUCAAAGUCAAAAAGGGAGGAUAUUUUCUUUUCAAUUGAUGUCUACUGUGAUGUUCCUUUGAUUGCUACUACAACCUUCAAGCUUAUAGUAAAAGAGUAUGAGUCAUUGAGAAAAUGUAAAUAUAAAAGAAGGAUUAUACUUAUGGUGCAUCGUUGCAUACUCACAAAAUUACAAAAAGAUGAAUGUAACUGUGAGCAGAGGUGGCUCACCAGAACAAAUCCUACUCUCACACUUACAAUCCCACACCACCACGCAGCUAAAAACACCCUGACCCCUCUUUGGGUUAAGGUGUACAAGAAAAGCGAAUGUACCUUUUAUUAUAUAAGUUGAGCAGUAUUUCAGUAGCACCCACACACGGCUCGUGGAUUUUGUAUUUCUGUGCCGAAGAGUUGGAGAGCAGAUCACAUAGAGCCUCUUCUGUAGUGCUGCUGCUCAACCGCUGCUUGAAGAGGAGCUGAAACAGUCCUCCUGCCCUGGGGUGGGUGGGGGCGGUUUGAUGGGGACAGAGUGGUGGGUAUUGGGAGGGAGGGAAAAUGUGCAUCAUGGGUGCCAUGACUCAGUUUGCCUCCCUAAACAAUCUGCACCCUGAGGGGCUGUAAAAGUUCUAUUAAGUAGGCCAUGUAGCUGCGUGUGCACAGGGGGGAUAAGGCCCAGGGGUGCACCCAGGGCUGGCAUUGGCCACACUUUCCUCCCUAUAAGUGCAUCUUGUAGCUGCUUUCACUCUUACAUGACCCUCUUUUAUCAUGUUUUCCACCAGCUUGGAGAACAGCGUCAAUGCUGACACUUCUGCAUAAGAGAUGUGCUCAACUUUGUUAAAAUUGAUCUCAUUGUUAUGAAGGUCUAGACCUUUUCUCUCGGUGUCGGCUCAUUGUCCUCUCUUAGUGCUUUCUGCAUGACAUGGCACUAAAUUCCAGUCUGCUCAGCAUAAAUCAUGCUGGAGUUGUUCCAGGCUCUUGCUGUGGAUGUUUAUGGGCUAUUAAAAUGCGUCGACUCUGACUCAUUUACCUCUAAAUUACCAGAGAGUAAUGGGCCGGUGUGUUUGCAGAAUGAGCGGAGCUUUCUGAUGGCCUGUGAUCAGCUGCAGCGAGCAGCAGACAAUAACAGCUUUUAUUCCACUCCAUGGAUGACAGUUAUUUUUCUCCAUCCUCUAAUACAGCCUUUAUGUUUCAGGGUAGCUUCUGAUUUUAUUUCACAUAACUUGGCAAGAGUCAAGAGAGUUACCGUGGAGCAAAACUUUUUUUAGAUAUGCUUGGAUGCAGGGAUAUUUCUCCGUCUAUCUUUCCUUUUACUGAUACUUUGCCAGAAAUGUGCACCGUCAAAGUGUUCAUACUUUUGCACAUAAAAGCACUCAAUGUAUCCAUUAGCAUUGAAAGCACAGCUGUUUUCAUCUUGGCAGCCCCUCUUUUGACAUUUUCAGUAUAAAACAAAUUUUCAGACUUGUGUUUAUCCCAAACAUCACUUUGAUCCAUUAGAAUAUUCAUAGUCAAUGUCAAAGCGGCGCUCUCAGUGCUGCCAAAAAGCACUUUUUCCAUUAGACUCUCAUAUGCCAUAUGCAUUACAAUGCAACCUUCCCAUUAUAAACAGUUGACGCCUAUGAUUAAUCAGCUGUUGGAAGGUCCUCCACUUUUCUUUGAGUGAUGCUCCUUUUAGCCAUUGUGUUUCUUUAGAGAUGGCGACAUCUGUUUACCACUUUGGUCACAUACUUUUGUGGUGCAGUUUCUCUUUGUACGAUGCCAAGAGGGUUUGAACUGAAUUGGUGCCCAACGGAUGCAUCCUUACGAGUCAGGUUAACUAAGAAUGGUCAACAAACAAGAGUUAUUCUGGAGUCAGCUAAUUUUUUAGUGUGGUGUAGAUGCAAAUGGUUCAUCUCCAGUUAAUGAAAGCGACGUAACAUUUACCUAUCUGAGCUAGCUAGCUGACAUUCAAUGAAUUACCUAACUCAACUAGUUAGUCAGCUAACUGAACAUUUACUUAAACCUGUUCAAUAAUACAUGAUACACAAAUACACCGAUAAUUUCAUAGUCAUUAAAGGGAUAUUCUGGCGUAAAACACACUGUAACACAGAGUUAGACACCCCCUCGAGAGAUGACUGUUGCCGACCGCUUGCUUGUCUAGCUAUACCAACUUCAGUAAAGACCGCACGAUAGCAAUACACAGUGGUCUGAGAAGCAGCACCUACCAUUUCUUCAUGGAAAUGCAAUCAGUCCGAGACGCUAAGGCAGAAGAACUACCAUGUCUGCAGAGCAAAAUGAUUAAUAUGGUGAUUAUUACUUCAAGGAAAUGAUAAAAUAAUGAUCAUAAUUGUUCUUCCUUGAGCCGCGUCACCCUGCAGCAGUCUGUAAUGGACUCGCCUUCCAAGCGGCUGCUGGAAGAGAGUGGGUGAGUUGUGUUUAGUCUCUUUGCUAAAGAAAUCAGGCAAAGUUAAAAAGAUGUUUGGUGGCUAGAACUAUGGCUAGGACCCUAUAUGUACUGUUGAUGAAGUUAGGUGCUGUUCUGAGCAUUAUUUGUGGCUAUAGAGGGGCAUUUUGGUUGAGGUUUGUUUUUGGCUCCUCAGACCAUUGUGUAUUGCUAUCAUCCGGUCGUUACUGAAGUUGGUAUUUGAUUUGAUUUACACCUAGAGAAGCAAGCGGACAUCAACAUUCAUCUCUGCUAAGGGUGUCUAACUCUGUGUUAUGGUGUGGUUGACCCUAGCUUAAUUUUAUACCGAAUAUCCCUUUAAGGUUGGAGCUAGGGUUAGGGUUAGGUGUGGGGUUGGAGCUAGGGUUAGGGUUAGGGUUAGGGUUGGAGUUAGGGUUAGUGUUGGAGCUAGGGUUAGGGUUGGGCUUGGAGCUAGGAUUUUUCUGAGUGCAAUGAACCAACUCCCGAGUCUCUAGGACGUUCCUAAAAAAAUUUGAUUUUUUCCCAUAGGAAUGCAUGGGUUAGGGUUAGGGUUAGGGUUGGAGCUAGGGUUAGGGUUAGGGUUAGGGUUGGAGUUAGGGUUAGUGUUGGAGCUAGGGUUAGGGUUGGGCUUGGAGCUAGGAUUUUUCUGCGUGCAAUGAACCAACUCCCGAGUCUCUAGGAUGUUCCUAAAAAAAAAUUUGAUUUUUUCCCAUAGGAAUGCAUGGGUUAGGGUUAGGGUUAGGGUUGGAGCUAGGGUUAGGGUUAGGGUUAGGGUUGGAGUUAGGGUUAGUGUUGGAGCUAGGGUUAGGGUUGGGCUUGGAGCUAGGAUUUUUCUGAGUGCACUGAACCAACUCCCGAGUCUCUAGGACGUUCCUAAAAAAAUUUGAUUUUUUCCCAUAGGAAUGCAUGGGUUAGGGUUAGGGUUAGGGUUGGAGCUAGGGUUAGGGUUAGGGUUAGGGUUGGAGUUAGGGUUAGUGUUGGAGCUAGGGUUAGGGUUGGGCUUGGAGCUAGGAUUUUUCUGAGUGCAAUGAACCAACUCCCGAGUCUCUAGGACGUUCCUAAAAAAAUUUGAUUUUUUCCCAUAGGAAUGCAUGGGUUAGGGUUAGGGUUAGGGUUGGAGCUAGGGUUAGGGUUAGGGUUAGGGUUGGAGUUAGGGUUAGUGUUGGAGCUAGGGUUAGGGUUGGGCUUGGAGCUAGGAUUUUUCUGAGUGCAAUGAACCAACUCCCGAGUCUCUAGGACGUUCCUAAAAAAAAUUUGAUUUUUUCCCAUAGGAAUGCAUGGGUUAGGGUUAGGGUUAGGGUUGGAGCUAGGGUUAGGGUUAGGGUUAGGGUUGGAGUUAGGGUUAGUGUUGGAGCUAGGGUUAGGGUUGGGCUUGGAGCUAGGAUUUUUCUGAGUGCAAUGAACCAACUCCCGAGUCUCUAGGACGUUCCUAAAAAAAAUUUGAUUUUUUCUCAUAGGAAUGCAUGGGUUAGGGUUAGGGUUAGGGUUGGAGCUAGGGUUAGGGUUAGGGUUAGGGUUGGAGUUAGGGUUAGUGUUGGAGCUAGGGUUAGGGUUGGGCUUGGAGCUAGGAUUUUUCUGAGUGCAAUGAACCAACUCCCGAGUCUCUAGGACGUUCCUAAAAGAAUUUGAUUUUUUCCCAUAGGAAUGCAUGGGUUAGGGUUAGGGUUAGGGUUGGAGCUAGGGUUAGGGUUAGGGUUAGGGUUGGAGUUAGGGUUAGUGUUGGAGCUAGGGUUAGGGUUGGGCUUGGAGCUAGGAUUUUUCUGAGUGCACUGAACCAACUACCGAGUCUCUAGGACGUUCCUAAAAAAAUUUGAUUUUUUCCCAUAGGAAUGCAUGGGUUAGGGUUAGGGUUAGGGUUGGAGCUAGGGUUAGGGUUAGGGUUGGAGUUAGGGUUAGUGUUGGAGCUAGGGUUAGGGUUGGGCUUGGAGCUAGGAUUUUUCUGAGUGCAAUGAACCAACUCCCGAGUCUCUAGGAUGUUCCUAAAAAAAAAUUGAUUUUUUCCCAUAGGAAUGCAUGGGUUAGGGUUAGGGUUAGGGUUGGAGCUAGGGUUAGGGUUAGGGUUAGGGUUGGAGUUAGGGUUAGUGUUGGAGCUAGGGUUAGGGUUGGGCUUGGAGCUAGGAUUUUUCUGAGUGCACUGAACCAACUCCCGAGUCUCUAGGACGUUCCUAAAAAAAUUUGAUUUUUUCCCAUAGGAAUGCAUGGGUUAGGGUUAGGGUUAGGGUUGGAGCUAGGGUUAGGGUUAGGGUUGGAGUUAGGGUUAGUGUUGGAACUAGGGUUAGGGUUGGGCUUGGAGCUAGGAUUUUUCUGAGUGCAAUGAACCAACUCCCAAGUCUCUAGGACGUUCCUAAAAAAAAUUUGAUUUUUUCCCAUAGGAAUGCAUGGGUUAGGGUUAGGGUUAGGGUUGGAGCUAGGGUUAGGGUUAGGGUUAGGGUUGGAGUUAGGGUUAGUGUUGGAGCUAGGGUUAGGGUUGGGCUUGGAGCUAGGAUUUUUCUGAGUGCAAUGAACCAACUCCCGAGUCUCUAGGACGUUCCUAAAAAAAUUUGAUUUUUUCCCAUAGGAAUGCAUGGGUUAGGGUUAGGGUUAGGGUUGGAGCUAGGGUUAGGGUUAGGGUUAGGGUUGGAGUUAGGGUUAGUGUUGGAGCUAGGGUUAGGGUUGGGCUUGGAGCUAGGAUUUUUCUGAGUGCAAUGAACCAACUCCCGAGUCUCUAGGACGUUCCUAAAAAAAUUUUGAUUUUUUCUCAUAGGAAUGCAUGGGUUAGGGUUAGGGUUAGGGUUGGAGCUAGGGUUAGGGUUAGGGUUAGGGUUGGAGUUAGGGUUAGUGUUGGAGCUAGGGUUAGGGUUGGGCUUGGAGCUAGGAUUUUUCUGAGUGCAAUGAACCAACUCCCGAGUCUCUAGGACGUUCCUAAAAGAAUUUGAUUUUUUCCCAUAGGAAUGCAUGGGUUAGGGUUAGGGUUAGGGUUGGAGCUAGAGUUAGGGUUAGGGUUAGGGUUGGAGUUAGGGUUAGUGUUGGAGCUAGGGUUAGGGUUGGGCUUGGAGCUAGGAUUUUUCUGAGUGCACUGAACCAACUACCGAGUCUCUAGGACGUUCCUAAAAAAAUUUGAUUUUUUCCCAUAGGAAUGCAUGGGUUAGGGUUAGGGUUAGGGUUGGAGCUAGGGUUAGGGUUAGGGUUAGGGUUGGAGUUAGGGUUAGUGUUGGAGCUAGGGUUAGGGUUGGGCUUGGAGCUAGGAUUUUUCUGAGUGCACUGAACCAACUCCCGAGUCUCUAGGACGUUCCUAAAAAAAUUUGAUUUUUUCCCAUAGGAAUGCAUGGGUUAGGGUUAGGGUUAGGGUUGGAGCUAGGGUUAGGGUUAGGGUUAGGGUUGGAGUUAGGGUUAGUGUUGGAGCUAGGGUUAGGGUUGGGCUUGGAGCUAGGAUUUUUCUGAGUGCAAUGAACCAACUCCCGAGUCUCUAGGACGUUCCUAAAAAUUUUUUGAUUUUUUCCCAUAGGAAUGCAUGGGUUAGGGUUAGGGUUAGGGUUGGAGCUAGGGUUAGGGUUAGGGUUAGGGUUGGAGUUAGGGUUAGUGUUGGAGCUAGGGUUAGGGUUGGGCUUGGAGCUAGGAUUUUUCUGAGUGCAAUGAACCAACUCCCGAGUCUCUAGGACGUUCCUAAAAAAAUUUGAUUUUUUCCCAUAGGAAUGCAUGGGUUAGGGUUAGGGUUAGGGUUGGAGCUAGGGUUAGGGUUAAGGUUAGGGUUGGAGUUAGGGUUAGUGUUGGAGCUAGGGUUAGGGUUGGGCUUGGAGCUAGGAUUUUUCUGAGUGCACUGAACCAACUACCGAGUCUCUAUGACGUUCCUAAAAAAAGUUGAUUUUUUCCCAUAGGAAUGCAUGGGUUAGGGUUAGGGUUAGGGUUGGAGCUAGGGUUAGGGUCAGGGUUAGGGUUGGAGUUAGGGUUAGUGUUGGAGCUAGGGUUAGGGUUGGGCUUGGAGCUAGGAUUUUUCUGAGUGCACUGAACCAACUCCCGAGUCUCUAGGACGUUCCUAAAAAAAUUUGAUUUUUUCCCAUAGGAAUGCAUGGGUUAGGGUUAGGGUUAGGGUUGGAGCUAGGGUUAGGGUUAGGGUUAGGGUUGGAGUUAGGGUUAGUGUUGGAGCUAGGGUUAGGGUUGGGCUUGGAGCUAGGAUUUUUCUGAGUGCAAUGAACCAACUCCCGAGUCUCUAGGACGUUCCUAAAAAAAAUUUGAUUUUUUCCCAUAGGAAUGCAUGGGUUAGGGUUAGGGUUAGGGUUGGAGCUAGGGUUAGGGUUAGGGUUAGGGUUGGAGUUAGGGUUAGUGUUGGAGCUAGGGUUAGGGUUGGGCUUGGAGCUAGGAUUUUUCUGAGUGCAAUGAACCAACUCCCGAGUCUCUAGGACGUUCCUAAAAAAAUUUGAUUUUUUCCCAUAGGAAUGCAUGGGUUAGGGUUAGGGUUAGGGUUGGAGCUAGGGUUAGGGUUAGGGUUAGAGUUGGAGUUAGGGUUAGUGUUGGAGCUAGGGUUAGGGUUGGAGCUAGGGUUAGGGUUGGGCUUGGAGCUAGGAUUUUUCUGAGUGCAAUGAACCAACUCCCGAGUCUCUAGGACGUUCCUAAAAAAAUUUGAUUUUUUUCCCAUAGGAAUGCAUGGGUUAGGGUUAGGGUUAGGGUUGGAGCUAGGGUUAGGGUUAGGGUUAGGGUUGGAGUUAGGGUUAGUGUUGGAGCUAGGGUUAGGGUUGGGCUUGGAGCUAGGAUUUUUCUGAGUGCAAUGAACCAACUCCCGAGUCUCUAGGACGUUCCUAAAAAAAUUUGAUUUUUUCCCAUAGGAAUGCAUGGGUUAGGGUUAGGGUUAGGGUUGGAGCUAGGGUUAGGGUUAGGGUUAGGGUUGGAGUUAGGGUUAGUGUUGGAGCUAGGGUUAGGGUUGGGCUUGGAGCUAGGAUUUUUCUGAGUGCACUGAACCAACUCCCGAGUCUCUAGGACGUUCCUAAAAAAAUUUGAUUUUUUCCCAUAGGAAUGCAUGGGUUAGGGUUAGGGUUAGGGUUGGAGCUAGGGUUAGGGUUAGGGUUAGGGUUGGAGUUAGGGUUAGUGUUGGAGCUAGGGUUAGGCUUGGGCUUGGAGCUAGGAUUUUUCUGAGUGCACUGAACCAACUCCCGAGUCUCUAGGACGUUCCUAAAAAAAUUUGAUUUUUUCCCAUAGGAAUGCAUGGGUUAGGGUUAGGGUUAGGGUUGGAGCUAGGGUUAGGGUUAGGGUUAGGGUUGGAGUUAGGGUUAGUGUUGGAGCUAGGGUUAGGGUUGGGCUUGGAGCUAGGAUUUUUCUGAGUGCAAUGAACCAACUCCCGAGUCUCUAGGACGUUCCUAAAAAAAAUUUGAUUUUUUCCCAUAGGAAUGCAUGGGUUAGGGUUAGGGUUAGGGUUGGAGCUAGGGUUAGGGUUAGGGUUAGGGUUGGAGUUAGGGUUAGUGUUGGAGCUAGGGUUAGGGUUGGGCUUGGAGCUAGGAUUUUUCUGAGUGCAAUGAACCAACUCCCGAGUCUCUAGGACGUUCCUAAAAAAAUUUGAUUUUUUCCCAUAGGAAUGCAUGGGUUAGGGUUAGGGUUAGGGUUGGAGCUAGGGUUAGGGUUAGGGUUAGAGUUGGAGUUAGGGUUAGUGUUGGAGCUAGGGUUAGGGUUGGAGCUAGGGUUAGGGUUGGGCUUGGAGCUAGGAUUUUUCUGAGUGCAAUGAACCAACUCCCGGGUCUCUAGGACGUUCCUAAAAAAAUUUGAUUUUUUCCCAUAGGAAUGCAUGGGUUAGGGUUAGGGUUAGGGUUGGAGCUAGGGUUAGGGUUAGGGUUAGGGUUGGAGUUAGGGUUAGUGUUGGAGCUAGGGUUAGGGUUGGGCUUGGAGCUAGGAUUUUUCUGAGUGCAAUGAACCAACUCCCGAGUCUCUAGGACGUUCCUAAAAGAAUUUGAUUUUUUCCCAUAGGAAUGCAUGGGUUAGGGUUAGGGUUAGGGUUGGAGCUAGGGUUAGGGUUAGGGUUAGGGUUAGGGUUGGAGUUAGGGUUAGUGUUGGAGCUAGGGUUAGGGUUGGGCUUGGAGCUAGGAUUUUUCUGAGUGCACUGAACCAACUACCGAGUCUCUAGGACGUUCCUAAAAAAAAUUUGAUUUUUUUCCCAUAGGAAUGCAUGGGUUAGGGUUAGGGUUAGGGUUGGAGCUAGGGUUAGGGUUAGGGUUAGGGUUGGAGUUAGGGUUAGUGUUGGAGCUAGGGUUAGGGUUGGGCUUGGAGCUAGGAUUUUUCUGAGUGCACUGAACCAACUCCCGAGUCUCUAGGACGUUCCUAAAAAAAUUUGAUUUUUUCCCAUAGGAAUGCAUGGGUUAGGGUUAGGGUUAGGGUUGGAGCUAGGGUUAGGGUUAGGGUUAGGGUUGGAGUUAGGGUUAGUGUUGGAGCUAGGGUUAGGGUUGGGCUUGGAGCUAGGAUUUUUCUGAGUGCAAUGAACCAACUCCCGAGUCUCUAGGACGUUCCUAAAAAAAUUUGAUUUUUUUCCCAUAGGAAUGCAUGGGUUAGGGUUAGGGUUAGGGUUGGAGCUAGGGUUAGGGUUAAGGUUAGGGUUGGAGUUAGGGUUAGUGUUGGAGCUAGGGUUAGGGUUGGGCUUGGAGCUAGGAUUUUUCUGAGUGCACUGAACCAACUACCGAGUCUCUAGGACGUUCCUAAAAAAAAUUUGAUUUUUUCCCAUAGGAAUGCAUGGGUUAGGGUUAGGGUUAGGGUUGGAGCUAGGGUUAGGGUCAGGGUUAGGGUUGGAGUUAGGGUUAGUGUUGGAGCUAGGGUUAGGGUUGGGCUUGGAGCUAGGAUUUUUCUGAGUGCACUGAACCAACUCCCGAGUCUCUAGGACGUUCCUAAAAAAAUUUGAUUUUUUCCCAUAGGAAUGCAUGGGUUAGGGUUAGGGUUAGGGUUGGAGCUAGGGUUAGGGUUAGGGUUAGGGUUGGAGUUAGGGUUAGUGUUGGAGCUAGGGUUAGGGUUGGGCUUGGAGCUAGGAUUUUUCUGAGUGCAAUGAACCAACUCCCGAGUCUCUAGGACGUUCCUAAAAAAAUUUGAUUUUUUCCCAUAGGAAUGCAUGGGUUAGGGUUAGGGUUAGGGUUGGAGCUAGGGUUAGGGUUAGGGUUAGGGUUGGAGUUAGGGUUAGUGUUGGAGCUAGGGUUAGGGUUGGGCUUGGAGCUAGGAUUUUUCUGAGUGCAAUGAACCAACUCCCGAGUCUCUAGGACGUUCCUAAAAAAAUUUGAUUUUUUCCCAUAGGAAUGCAUGGGUUAGGGUUAGGGUUAGGGUUGGAGCUAGGGUUAGGGUUAGGGUUAGAGUUGGAGUUAGGGUUAGUGUUGGAGCUAGGGUUAGGGUUGGAGCUAGGGUUAGGGUUGGGCUUGGAGCUAGGAUUUUUCUGAGUGCAAUGAACCAACUCCCGAGUCUCUAGGACGUUCCUAAAAAAAUUUGAUUUUUUCCCAUAGGAAUGCAUGGGUUAGGGUUAGGGUUAGGGUUGGAGCUAGGGUUAGGGUUAGGGUUAGGGUUGGAGUUAGGGUUAGUGUUGGAGCUAGGGUUAGGGUUGGGCUUGGAGCUAGGAUUUUUCUGAGUGCAAUGAACCAACUCCCGAGUCUCUAGGACGUUCCUAAAAAAAUUUGAUUUUUUCCCAUAGGAAUGCAUGGGUUAGGGUUAGGGUUAGGGUUGGAGCUAGGGUUAGGGUUAGGGUUAGGGUUGGAGUUAGGGUUAGUGUUGGAGCUAGGGUUAGGGUUGGGCUUGGAGCUAGGAUUUUUCUGAGUGCACUGAACCAACUCCCGAGUCUCUAGGACGUUCCUAAAAAAAUUUGAUUUUUUCCCAUAGGAAUGCAUGGGUUAGGGUUAGGGUUAGGGUUGGAGCUAGGGUUAGGGUUAGGGUUAGGGUUGGAGUUAGGGUUAGUGUUGGAGCUAGGGUUAGGGUUGGGCUUGGAGCUAGGAUUUUUCUGAGUGCACUGAACCAACUCCCGAGUCUCUAGGACGUUCCUAAAAAAAUUUGAUUUUUUCCCAUAGGAAUGCAUGGGUUAGGGUUAGGGUUAGGGUUGGAGCUAGGGUUAGGGUUAGGGUUAGGGUUGGAGUUAGGGUUAGUGUUGGAGCUAGGGUUAGGGUUGGGCUUGGAGCUAGGAUUUUUCUGAGUGCAAUGAACCAACUCCCGAGUCUCUAGGACGUUCCUAAAAAAAAUUUGAUUUUUUCCCAUAGGAAUGCAUGGGUUAGGGUUAGGGUUAGGGUUGGAGCUAGGGUUAGGGUUAGGGUUAGGGUUGGAGUUAGGGUUAGUGUUGGAGCUAGGGUUAGGGUUGGGCUUGGAGCUAGGAUUUUUCUGAGUGCAAUGAACCAACUCCCGAGUCUCUAGGACGUUCCUAAAAAAAUUUGAUUUUUUCCCAUAGGAAUGCAUGGGUUAGGGUUAGGGUUAGGGUUGGAGCUAGGGUUAGGGUUAAGGUUAGAGUUGGAGUUAGGGUUAGUGUUGGAGCUAGGGUUAGGGUUGGAGCUAGGGUUAGGGUUGGGCUUGGAGCUAGGAUUUUUCUGAGUGCAAUGAACCAACUCCCGGGUCUCUAGGACGUUCCUAAAAAAAUUUGAUUUUUUCCCAUAGGAAUGCAUGGGUUAGGGUUAGGGUUAGGGUUGGAGCUAGGGUUAGGGUUAGGGUUAGGGUUGGAGUUAGGGUUAGUGUUGGAGCUAGGGUUAGGGUUGGGCUUGGAGCUAGGAUUUUUCUGAGUGCAAUGAACCAACUCCCGAGUCUCUAGGACGUUCCUAAAAAAAUUUGAUUUUUUCCCAUAGGAAUGCAUGUGUUAGGGUUAGGGUUAGGGUUGGAGCUAGGGUUAGGGUUAGGGUUAGGGUUGGAGUUAGGGUUAGUGUUGGAGCUAGGGUUAGGGUUGGGCUUGGAGCUAGGAUUUUUCUGAGUGCACUGAACCAACUCCCGAGUCUCUAGGACGUUCCUAAAAAAAAUUUGAUUUUUUCCCAUAGGAAUGCAUGGGUUAGGGUUAGGGUUAGGGUUGGAGCUAGGGUUAGGGUUAGGGUUAGGGUUGGAGUUAGGGUUAGUGUUGGAGCUAGGGUUAGGGUUGGGCUUGGAGCUAGGAUUUUUCUGAGUGCAAUGAACCAACUCCCGAGUCUCUAGGACGUUCCUAAAAAAAUUUGAUUUUUUCCCAUAGGAAUGCAUGGGUUAGGGUUAGGGUUAGGGUUGGAGCUAGGGUUAGGGUUAGGGUUAGGGUUGGAGUUAGGGUUAGUGUUGGAGCUAGGGUUAGGGUUGGGCUUGCAGCUAGGAUUUUUCUGAGUGCACUGAACCAACUCCUGAGUCUCUAGGACGUUCCUAAAAAAAAUUUGAUUUUUUCCCAUAGGAAUGCAUGGGUUAGGGUUAGGGUUAGGGUUGGAGCUAGGGUUAGGGUUAGGGUUAGGGUUGGAGUUAGGGUUAGUGUUGGAGCUAGGGUUAGGGUUGGGCUUGGAGCUAGGAUUUUUCUGAGUGCACUGAACCAACUACCGAGUCUCUAGGACGUUCCUAAAAAAAUUUGAUUUUUUCCCAUAGGAAUGCAUGGGUUAGGGUUAGGGUUAGGGUUAGGGUUGGAGCUAGGGUUAGGGUUAGGGUUAGGGUUGGAGUUAGGGUUAGUGUUGGAGCUAGGGUUAGGGUUGGGCUUGGAGCUAGGAUUUUUCUGAGUGCAAUGAACCAACUCCCGAGUCUCUAGGACGUUCCUAAAAAAAUUUGAUUUUUUCCCAUAGGAAUGCAUGGGUUAGGGUUAGGGUUAGGGUUGGAGCUAGGGUUAGGGUUAGGGUUAGGGUUGGAGUUAGGGUUAGUGUUGGAGCUAGGGUUAGGGUUGGGCUUGGAGCUAUGAUUUUUCUGAGUGCAAUGAACCAACUCCCGAGUCUCUAGGACGUUCCUAAAAAAAUUUGAUUUUUUCCCAUAGGAAUGCAUGGGUUAGGGUUAGGGUUAGGGUUGGAGCUAGGGUUAGGGUUAGGGUUAGGGUUGGAGUUAGGGUUAGUGUUGGAGCUAGGGUUAGGGUUGGGCUUGGAGCUAGGAUUUUUCUGAGUGCAAUGAACCAACUCCCGAGUCUCUAGGACGUUCCUAAAAAAAAUUUGAUUUUUUCCCAUAGGAAUGCAUGGGUUAGGGUUAGGGUUAGGGUUGGAGCUAGGGUUAGGGUUAGGGUUAGGGUUGGAGUUAGGGUUAGUGUUGGAGCUAGGGUUAGGGUUGGGCUUGGAGCUAGGAUUUUUCUGAGUGCAAUGAACCAACUCCCGAGUCUCUAGGACGUUCCUAAAAAAAAUUGAUUUUUUUCCUAUAGGAAUGCAUGGGUUAGGGUUAGGGUUAGGGUUGGAGCUAGGGCUAGGGUUAGGGUUAGGGUUGGAGUUAGGGUUAGUGUUGGAGCUAGGGUUAGGGUUGGGCUUGGAUCUAGGAUUUUUCUGAGUGCAAUGAACCAACUCCCGAGUCUCUAGGACGUUCCUAAAAAAAUUUGAUUUUUUCCCAUAGGAAUGCAUGGGUUAGGGUUAGGGUUAGGGUUGGAGCUAGGGUUAGGGUUAGGGUUAGGGUUGGAGUUAGGGUUAGGGUUGGGCUUGGAGCUAGGAUUUUUCUGAGUGCAAUGAACCAACUCCCGAGUCUCUAGGACGUUCCUAAAAAAAUUUGAUUUUUUCCCAUAGGAAUGCAUGGGUUAGGGUUAGGGUUAGGGUUGGAGCUAGGGUUAGGGUUAGGGUUAGGGUUGGAGUUAGGGUUAGUGUUGGAGCUAGGGUUAGGGUUGGGCUUGGAGCUAGGAUUUUUCUGAGUGCAAUGAACCAACUCCCGAGUCUCUAGGACGUUCCUAAAAAAAAUUGAUUUUUUUCCUAUAGGAAUGCAUGGGUUAGGGUUAGGGUUAGGGUUGGAGCUAGGGCUAGGGUUAGGGUUAGGGUUGGAGUUAGGGUUAGUGUUGGAGCUAGGGUUAGGGUUGGGCUUGGAGCUAGGAUUUUUCUGAGUGCAAUGAACCAACUCCCGAUUCUCUAGGACGUUCCUAAAAAAAUUUGAUUUUUUCCCAUAGGAAUGCAUGGGUUAGGGUUAGGGUUAGGGUUGGAGCUAGGGUUAGGGUUAGGGUUAGGGUUGGAGUUAGGGUUAGGGUUGGGCUUGGAGCUAGGAUUUUUCUGAGUGCAAUGAACCAACUCCCGAGUCUCUAGGACGUUCCUAAAAAAAUUUGAUUUUUUCCCAUAGGAAUGCAUGGGUUAGGGUUAGGGUUAGGGUUGGAGCUAGGGUUAGGGUUAGGGUUAGGGUUGGAGUUAGGGUUAGUGUUGGAGCUAGGGUUAGGGUUGGGCUUGGAGCUAGGAUUUUUCUGAGUGCAAUGAACCAACUCCCGAGUCUCUAGGACGUUCCUAAAAAAAUUUGAUUUUUUCCCAUAGGAAUGCAUGGGUUAGGGUUAGGGUUAGGGUUGGAGUUAGGGUUAGUGUUGGAGCUAGGGUUAGGGUUGGGCUUGGAGCUAGGAUUUUUCUGAGUGCAAUGAACCAACUCCAGAGUCUCUAGGACGUUACUAAAAAAAUUGAUUUUUUUCCUAUAGGAAUGCACGGGUUAGGGUUAGGGUUAGGGUUGGAGCUAGGGCUAGGAUUAGGGUUAGGGUUGGAGUUAGGGUUAGUGUUGGAGCUAGGGUUAGGGUUGGGCUUGGAGCUAGGAUUUUUCUGAGUGCAAUGAACCAACUCCCGAGUCUCUAGGACGUUCCUAAAAAAAUUUGAUUUUUUCCCAUAGGAAUGCAUGGGUUAGGGUUAGGGUUAGGGUUGGAGCUAGGGUUAGGGUUAGGGUUAGGGUUGGAGUUAGGGUUAGUGUUGGAGCUAGGGUUAGGGUUGGGCUUGGAGCUAGGAUUUUUCUGAGUGCAAUGAACCAACUCCCGAGUCUCUAGGACGUUCCUAAAAAAAUUUGAUUUUUUCCCAUAGGAAUGCAUGGGUUAGGGUUAGGGUUAGGGUUGGAGCUAGGGUUAGGGUUAGGGUUAGGGUUGGAGUUAGGGUUAGUGUUGGAGCUAGGGUUAGGGUUGGGCUUGGAGCUAGGAUUUUUCUGAGUGCACUGAACCAACUCCCGAGUCUCUAGGACGUUCCUAAAAAAAUUUGAUUUUUUCCCAUAGGAAUGCAUGGGUUAGGGUUAGGGUUAGGGUUGGAGCUAGGGUUAGGGUUAGGGUUAGGGUUGGAGUUAGGGUUAGUGUUGGAGCUAGGGUUAGGGUUGGGCUUGGAGCUAGGAUUUUUCUGAGUGCACUGAACCAACUCCCGAGUCUCUAGGACGUUCCUAAAAAAAAUUUGAUUUUUUCCCAUAGGAAUGCAUGGGUUAGGGUUAGGGUUAGGGUUGGAGCUAGGGUUAGGGUUAGGGUUAGGGUUGGAGUUAGGGUUAGUGUUGGAGCUAGGGUUAGGGUUGGGCUUGGAGCUAGGAUUUUUCUGAGUGCAAUGAACCAACUCCCGAGUCUCUAGGACGUUCCUAAAAAAAAUUUGAUUUUUUCCCAUAGGAAUGCAUGGGUUAGGGUUAGGGUUAGGGUUGGAGCUAGGGUUAGGGUUAGGGUUAGGGUUGGAGUUAGGGUUAGUGUUGGAGCUAGGGUUAGGGUUGGGCUUGGAGCUAGGAUUUUUCUGAGUGCAAUGAACCAACUCCCGAGUCUCUAGGACGUUCCUAAAAAAAUUUGAUUUUUUCCCAUAGGAAUGCAUGGGUUAGGGUUAGGGUUAGGGUUGGAGCUAGGGUUAGGGUUAAGGUUAGAGUUGGAGUUAGGGUUAGUGUUGGAGCUAGGGUUAGGGUUGGAGCUAGGGUUAGGGUUGGGCUUGGAGCUAGGAUUUUUCUGAGUGCAAUGAACCAACUCCCGGGUCUCUAGGACGUUCCUAAAAAAAUUUGAUUUUUUCCCAUAGGAAUGCAUGGGUUAGGGUUAGGGUUAGGGUUGGAGCUAGGGUUAGGGUUAGGGUUAGGGUUGGAGUUAGGGUUAGUGUUGGAGCUAGGGUUAGGGUUGGGCUUGGAGCUAGGAUUUUUCUGAGUGCAAUGAACCAACUCCCGAGUCUCUAGGACGUUCCUAAAAAAAUUUGAUUUUUUCCCAUAGGAAUGCAUGUGUUAGGGUUAGGGUUAGGGUUGGAGCUAGGGUUAGGGUUAGGGUUAGGGUUGGAGUUAGGGUUAGUGUUGGAGCUAGGGUUAGGGUUGGGCUUGGAGCUAGGAUUUUUCUGAGUGCACUGAACCAACUCCCGAGUCUCUAGGACGUUCCUAAAUAAAAUUUGAUUUUUUCCCAUAGGAAUGCAUGGGUUAGGGUUAGGGUUAGGGUUGGAGCUAGGGUUAGGGUUAGGGUUAGGGUUGGAGUUAGGGUUAGUGUUGGAGCUAGGGUUAGGGUUGGGCUUGGAGCUAGGAUUUUUCUGAGUGCAAUGAACCAACUCCCGAGUCUCUAGGACGUUCCUAAAAAAAUUUGAUUUUUUCCCAUAGGAAUGCAUGGGUUAGGGUUAGGGUUAGGGUUGGAGCUAGGGUUAGGGUUAGGGUUAGGGUUGGAGUUAGGGUUAGUGUUGGAGCUAGGGUUAGGGUUGGGCUUGCAGCUAGGAUUUUUCUGAGUGCACUGAACCAACUCCUGAGUCUCUAGGACGUUCCUAAAAAAAUUUGAUUUUUUCCCAUAGGAAUGCAUGGGUUAGGGUUAGGGUUAGGGUUGGAGCUAGGGUUAGGGUUAGGGUUAGGGUUGGAGUUAGGGUUAGUGUUGGAGCUAGGGUUAGGGUUGGGCUUGGAGCUAGGAUUUUUCUGAGUGCACUGAACCAACUACCGAGUCUCUAGGACGUUCCUAAAAAAAUUUGAUUUUUUCCCAUAGGAAUGCAUGGGUUAGGGUUAGGGUUCGGGUUAGGGUUGGAGCUAGGGUUAGGGUUAGGGUUAGGGUUGGAGUUAGGGUUAGUGUUGGAGCUAGGGUUAGGGUUGGGCUUGGAGCUAGGAUUUUUCUGAGUGCAAUGAACCAACUCCCGAGUCUCUAGGACGUUCCUAAAAAAAUUUGAUUUUUUCCCAUAGGAAUGCAUGGGUUAGGGUUAGGGUUAGGGUUGGAGCUAGGGUUAGGGUUAGGGUUAGGGUUGGAGUUAGGGUUAGUGUUGGAGCUAGGGUUAGGGUUGGGCUUGGAGCUAUGAUUUUUCUGAGUGCAAUGAACCAACUCCCGAGUCUCUAGGACGUUCCUAAAAAAUUUGAUUUUUUCCCAUAGGAAUGCAUGGGUUAGGGUUAGGGUUAGGGUUGGAGCUAGGGUUAGGGUUAGGGUUAGGGUUGGAGUUAGGGUUAGUGUUGGAGCUAGGGUUAGGGUUGGGCUUGGAGCUAGGAUUUUUCUGAGUGCAAUGAACCAACUCCCGAGUCUCUAGGACGUUCCUAAAAAAAUUUGAUUUUUUUCCCAUAGGAAUGCAUGGGUUAGGGUUAGGGUUAGGGUUGGAGCUAGGGUUAGGGUUAGGGUUAGGGUUGGAGUUAGGGUUAGUGUUGGAGCUAGGGUUAGGGUUGGGCUUGGAGCUAGGAUUUUUCUGAGUGCAAUGAACCAACUCCCGAGUCUCUAGGACGUUCCUAAAAAAAAUUGAUUUUUUUCCUAUAGGAAUGCAUGGGUUAGGGUUAGGGUUAGGGUUGGAGCUAGGGCUAGGGUUAGGGUUAGGGUUGGAGUUAGGGUUAGUGUUGGAGCUAGGGUUAGGGUUGGGCUUGGAUCUAGGAUUUUUCUGAGUGCAAUGAACCAACUCCCGAGUCUCUAGGACGUUCCUAAAAAAAUUUGAUUUUUUCCCAUAGGAAUGCAUGGGUUAGGGUUAGGGUUAGGGUUGGAGCUAGGGUUAGGGUUAGGGUUAGGGUUGGAGUUAGGGUUAGGGUUGGGCUUGGAGCUAGGAUUUUUCUGAGUGCAAUGAACCAACUCCCGAGUCUCUAGGACGUUCCUAAAAAAAUUUGAUUUUUUCCCAUAGGAAUGCAUGGGUUAGGGUUAGGGUUAGGGUUGGAGCUAGGGUUAGGGUUAGGGUUAGGGUUGGAGUUAGGGUUAGUGUUGGAGCUAGGGUUAGGGUUGGGCUUGGAGCUAGGAUUUUUCUGAGUGCAAUGAACCAACUCCCGAGUCUCUAGGACGUUCCUAAAAAAAAUUGAUUUUUUUCCUAUAGGAAUGCAUGGGUUAGGGUUAGGGUUAGGGUUGGAGCUAGGGCUAGGGUUAGGGUUAGGGUUGGAGUUAGGGUUAGUGUUGGAGCUAGGGUUAGGGUUGGGCUUGGAGCUAGGAUUUUUCUGAUUGCAAUGAACCAACUCCCGAUUCUCUAGGACGUUCCUAAAAAAUUUGAUUUUUUCCCAUGGGAAUGCAUGGGUUAGGGUUAGGGUUAGGGUUGGAGCUAGGGUUAGGGUUAGGGUUAGGGUUGGAGUUAGGGUUAGGGUUGGGCUUGGAGCUAGGAUUUUUCUGAGUGCAAUGAACCAACUCCCGAGUCUCUAGGACGUUCCUAAAAAAAUUUGAUUUUUUCCCAUAGGAAUGCAUGGGUUAGGGUUAGGGUUAGGGUUGGAGCUAGGGUUAGGGUUAGGGUUAGGGUUGGAGUUAGGGUUAGUGUUGGAGCUAGGGUUAGGGUUGGGCUUGGAGCUAGGAUUUUUCUGAGUGCAAUGAACCAACUCCCGAGUCUCUAGGACGUUCCUAAAAAAAUUUGAUUUUUUCCCAUAGGAAUGCAUGUGUUAGGGUUAGGGUUAGGGUUGGAGUUAGGGUUAGUGUUGGAGCUAGGGUUAGGGUUGGGCUUGGAGCUAGGAUUUUUCUGAGUGCAAUGAACCAACUCCAGAGUCUCUAGGACGUUCCUAAAAAAAAUUGAUUUUUUUCCUAUAGGAAUGCACGGGUUAGGGUUAGGGUUAGGGUUGGAGCUAGGGCUAGGAUUAGGGUUAGGGUUGGAGUUAGGGUUAGUGUUGGAGCUAGGGUUAGGGUUGGGCUUGGAGCUAGGAUUUUUCUGAGUGCAAUGAACCAACUCCCGAGUCUCUAGGACGUUCCUAAAAAAAUUUGAUUUUUUCCCAUAGGAAUGCAUGGGUUAGGGUUAGGGUUAGGGUUGGAGCUAGGGUUAGGGUUAGGGUUAGGGUUGGAGUUAGGGUUAGGGUUGGGCUUGGAGCUAGGAUUUUUCUGAGUGCAAUGAACCAACUCCCGAGUCUCUAGGACGUUCCUAAAAAAAUUUGAUUUUUUCCCUUAGGAAUGCAUGGGUUAGGGUUAGGGUUAGGGUUGGAGCUAGGGUUAGGGUUAGGGUUAGGGUUGGAGUUAGGGUUGGUGUUGGAGCUAGGGUUGGGGUUGGGCUUGGAGCUAGGAUUUUUCUGAGUGCAAUGAACCAACUCCAGAGUCUCUAGGACGUUCCUUAAAAAAAUUGAUUUUUUUCCUAUAGGAAUGCAUGGGUUAGGGUUAGGGUUAGGGUUGGAGCUAGGGCUAGGGUUAGGGUUAGGGUUGGAGUUAGGGUUAGUGUUGGAGCUAGGGUUAGGGUUGGGCUUGGAGCUAGGAUUUUUCUGAGUGCAAUGAACCAACUCCCGAGUCUCUAGGACGUUCCUAAAAAAAUUUGAUUUUUUCCCAUAGGAAUGCAUGGGUUAGGGUUAGGGUUAGGGUUGGAGCUAGGGUUAGGGUUAGGGUUAGGGUUGGAGUUAGGGUUAGUGUUGGAGCUAGGGUUAGGGUUGGGCUUGGAGCUAGGAUUUUUCUGAGUGCAAUGAACCAACUCCCGAGUCUCUAGGACGUUCCUAAAAAAAUUUGAUUUUUUCCCAUAGGAAUGCAUGGGUUAGGGUUAGGGUUAGGGUUGGAGCUAGGGUUAGGGUUAGGGUUAGGGUUGGAGUUAGGGUUAGUGUUGGAGCUAGGGUUAGGGUUGGGCUUGGAGCUAGGAUUUUUCUGAGUGCAAUGAACCAACUCCCGAGUCUCUAGGACGUUCCUAAAAAAAUUUGAUUUUUUCCCAUAGGAAUGCAUGGGUUAGGGUUAGGGUUAGGGUUGGAGCUAGGGUUAGGGUUAGGGUUAGGGUUGGAGUUAGGGUUAGUGUUGGAGCUAGGGUUAGGGUUGGGCUUGGAGCUAGGAUUUUUCUGAGUGCAAUGAACCAACUCCCGAGUCUCUAGGACGUUCCUAAAAAAAAUUGAUUUUUUUCCUAUAGGAAUGCAUGGGUUAGGGUUAGGGUUAGGGUUGGAGCUAGGGCUAGGGUUAGGGUUAGGGUUGGAGUUAGGGUUAGUGUUGGAGCUAGGGUUAGGGUUGGGCUUGGAGCUAGGAUUUUUCUGAGUGCAAUGAACCAACUCCCGAUUCUCUAGGACGUUCCUAAAAAAAUUUGAUUUUUUCCCAUAGGAAUGCAUGGGUUAGGGUUAGGGUUAGGGUUGGAGCUAGGGUUAGGGUUAGGGUUAGGGUUGGAGUUAGGGUUAGGGUUGGGCUUGGAGCUAGGAUUUUUCUGAGUGCAAUGAACCAACUCCCGAGUCUCUAGGACGUUCCUAAAAAAAUUGAUUUUUUCCCAUAGGAAUGCAUGGGUUAGGGUUAGGGUUAGGGUUGGAGCUAGGGUUAGGGUUAGGGUUAGGGUUGGAGUUAGGGUUAGUGUUGGAGCUAGGGUUAGGGUUGGGCUUGGAGCUAGGAUUUUUCUGAGUGCAAUGAACCAACUCCCGAGUCUCUAGGACGUUCCUAAAAAAAUUUGAUUUUUUCCCAUAGGAAUGCAUGUGUUAGGGUUAGGGUUAGGGUUGGAGCUAGGGUUAGGGUUAGGGUUAGGGUUGGAGUUAGGGUUAGUGUUGGAGCUAGGGUUAGGGUUGGGCUUGGAGCUAGGAUUUUUCUGAGUGCAAUGAACCAACUCCCGAGUCUCUAGGACGUUCCUAAAAAAAUUUGAUUUUUUCCCAUAGGAAUGCAUGGGCUAGGGUUAGGGUUAGGGUUGGAGCUAGGGUUAGGGUUAGGGUUAGGGUUGGAGUUAGGGUUAGUGUUGGAGCUAGGGUUAGGGUUGGGCUUGGAGCUAGGAUUUUUCUGAGUGCAAUGAACCAACUCCCGAGUCUCUAGGACGUUCCUAAAAUAAUUUGAUUUUUUCCCAUAGGAAUGCAUGGGUUAGGGUUAGGGUUAGGGUUGGAGCUAGGGUUAGGGUUAGGGUUAGGGUUGGAGUUAGGGUUAGGGUUGGGCUUGGAGCUAGGAUUUUUCUGAGUGCAAUGAACCAACUCCCGAGUCUCUAGGACGUUCCUAAAAAAAUUUGAUUUUUUCCCAUAGGAAUGCAUGGGUUAGGGUUAGGGUUAGGGUUGGAGCUAGGGUUAGGGUUAGGGUUAGGGUUGGAGUUAGGGUUAGUGUUGGAGCUAGGGUUAGGGUUGGGCUUGGAGCUAGGAUUUUUCUGAGUGCAAUGAACCAACUCCCGAGUCUCUAGGACGUUCCUAAAAAAAUUUGAUUUUUUCCCAUAGGAAUGCAUGUGUUAGGGUUAGGGUUAGGGUUGGAGCUAGGGUUAGGGUUAGGGUUAGGGUUGGAGUUAGGGUUAGUGUUGGAGCUAGGGUUAGGGUUGGGCUUGGAGCUAGGAUUUUUCUGAGUGCAAUGAACCAACUCCCGAGUCUCUAGGACGUUCCUAAAAAAAUUUGAUUUUUUCCCAUAGGAAUGCAUGGGCUAGGGUUAGGGUUAGGGUUGGAGCUAGGGUUAGGGUUAGGGUUAGGGUUGGAGUUAGGGUUAGUGUUGGAGCUAGGGUUAGGGUUGGGCUUGGAGCUAGGAUUUUUCUGAGUGCAAUGAACCAACUCCCGAGUCUCUAGGACGUUCCUAAAAAAAUUUGAUUUUUUUCCCAUAGGAAUGCAUGGGUUAGGGUUAGGGUUAGGGUUGGAGCUAGGGUUAGGGUUAGGGUUAGGGUUGGAGUUAGGGUUAGUGUUGGAGCUAGGGUUAGGGUUGGGCUUGGAGCUAGGAUUUUUCUGAGUGCAAUGAACCAACUCCCGAGUCUCUAGGACGUUCCUAAAAAAAUUGAUUUUUUUCCUAUAGGAAUGCAUGGGUUAGGGUUAGGGUUAGGGUUGGAGCUAGGGCUAGGGUUAGGGUUAGGGUUGGAGUUAGGGUUAGUGUUGGAGCUAGGGUUAGGGUUGGGCUUGGAGCUAGGAUUUUUCUGAGUGCAAUGAACCAACUCCCGAUUCUCUAGGACGUUCCUAAAAAAAUUUGAUUUUUUCCCAUAGGAAUGCAUGGGUUAGGGUUAGGGUUAGGGUUGGAGCUAGGGUUAGGGUUAGGGUUAGGGUUGGAGUUAGGGUUAGUGUUGGGCUUGGAGCUAGGAUUUUUCUGAGUGCAAUGAACCAACUCCCGAGUCUCUAGGACGUUCCUAAAAAAAUUUGAUUUUUUCCCAUAGGAAUGCAUGGGUUAGGGUUAGGGUUAGGGUUGGAGCUAGGGUUAGGGUUAGGGUUAGGGUUGGAGUUAGGGUUAGUGUUGGAGCUAGGGUUAGGGUUGGGCUUGGAGCUAGGAUUUUUCUGAGUGCAAUGAACCAACUCCCGAGUCUCUAGGACGUUCCUAAAAAAAUUUGAUUUUUUCCCAUAGGAAUGCAUGUGUUAGGGUUAGGGUUAGGGUUGGAGCUAGGGUUAGGGUUAGGGUUAGGGUUGGAGUUAGGGUUAGUGUUGGAGCUAGGGUUAGGGUUGGGCUUGGAGCUAGGAUUUUUCUGAGUGCAAUGAACCAACUCCCGAGUCUCUAGGACGUUCCUAAAAAAAUUUGAUUUUUUCCCAUAGGAAUGCAUGGGCUAGGGUUAGGGUUAGGGUUGGAGCUAGGGUUAGGGUUAGGGUUAGGGUUGGAGUUAGGGUUAGUGUUGGAGCUAGGGUUAGGGUUGGGCUUGGAGCUAGGAUUUUUCUGAGUGCAAUGAACCAACUCCCGAGUCUCUAGGACGUUCCUAAAAAAAUUUGAUUUUUUCCCAUAGGAAUGCAUGGGUUAGGGUUAGGGUUAGGGUUGAUGCUAGGGUUAGGGUUAGGGUUAGGGUUGGAGUUAGGGUUAGUGUUGGAGCUAGGGUUAGGGUUGGGCUUGGAGCUAGGAUUUUUCUGAGUGCAAUGAACCAACUCCCGAGUCUCUAGGAUGUUCCUAAAAAAAUUUGAUUUUUUCCCAUAGGAAUGCAUGGGUUAGGGUUAGGGUUAGGGUUGGAGCUAGGGUUAGGGUUAGGGUUAGGGUUGGAGUUAGGGUUAGUGUUGGAGCUAGGGUUAGGGUUGGGCUUGGAGCUAGGAUUUUUCUGAGUGCAAUGAACCAACUCCCGAGUCUCUAGGACGUUCCUAAAAAAAUUUGAUUUUUUCCCAUAGGAAUGCAUGGGUUAGGGUUAGGGUUAGGGUUGGAGCUAGGGUUAGGGUUAGGGUUAGGGUUGGAGUUAGGGUUAGUGUUGGAGCUAGGGUUAGGGUUGGGCUUGGAGCUAGGAUUUUUCUGAGUGCAAUGAACCAACUCCCGAGUCUCUAGGACGUUCCUUAAAAAAAUUGAUUUUUUUCCUAUAGGAAUGCAUGGGUUAGGGUUAGGGUUAGGGUUGGAGCUAGGGCUAGGGUUAGGGUUAGGGUUGGAGUUAGGGUUAGUGUUGGAGCUAGGGUUAGGGUUGGGCUUGGAGCUAGGAUUUUUCUGAGUGCAAUGAACCAACUCCCGAGUCUCUAGGACGUUCCUAAAAUAAUUUGAUUUUUUCCCAUAGGAAUGCAUGGGUUAGGGUUAGGGUUAGGGUUGGAGCUAGGGUUAGGGUUAGGGUUAGGGUUGGAGUUAGGGUUAGUGUUGGAGCUAGGGUUAGGGUUGGGCUUGGAGCUAGGAUUUUUCUGAGUGCAAUGAACCAACUCCCGAGUCUCUAGGACGUUCCUAAAAAAAUUUGAUUUUUUCCCAUAGGAAUGCAUGGGUUAGAGUUAGGGUUAGGGUUGCAGCUAGGGUUAGGGUUAGGGUUAGGGUUGGAGUUAGGGUUAGUGUUGGAGCUAGGGUUAGGGUUGGGCUUGGAGCUAGGAUUUUUCUGAGUGCAAUGAACCAACUCCCGAGUCUCUAGGACGUUCCUAAAAAAAUUUGAUUUUUUCCCAUAGGAAUGCAUGGGUUAGGGUUAGGGUUAGGGUUGGAGCUAGGGUUAGGGUUAGGGUUAGGGUUGGAGUUAGGGUUAGUGUUGGAGCUAGGGUUAGGGUUGGAGCUAGGGUUAGGGUUGGGCUUGGAGCUAGGAUUUUUCUGAGUGCAAUGAACCAACUCCCGAGUCUCUAGGACGUUCCUAAAAAAAUUUGAUUUUUUCCCAUAGGAAUGCAUGGGUUAGGGUUAGGGUUAGGGUUGGAGCUAGGGUUAGGGUUAGGGUUAGGGUUGGAGUUAGGGUUAGUGUUGGAGCUAGGGUUAGGGUUGGGCUUGGAGCUAGGAUUUUUCUGAGUGCAAUGAACCAACUCCCGAGUCUCUAGGACGUUCCUAAAAAAAUUUGAUUUUUUCCCAUAGGAAUGCAUGGGCUAGGGUUAGGGUUAGGGUUGGAGCUAGGGUUAGGGUUAGGGUUAGGGUUGGAGUUAGGGUUAGUGUUGGAGCUAGGGUUAGGGUUGGGCUUGGAGCUAGGAUUUUUCUGAGUGCAAUGAACCAACUCCCGAGUCUCUAGGACGUUCCUAAAAAAAUUUGAUUUUUUCCCAUAGGAAUGCAUGGGUUAGGGUUAGGGUUAGGGUUAGAGCUAGGGUUAGGGUUAGGGUUAGGGUUGGAGUUAGGGUUAGUGUUGGAGCUAGGGUUAGGGUUGGGCUUGGAGCUAGGAUUUUUCUGAGUGCAAUGAACCAACUCCCGAGUCUCUAGGACGUUCCUAAAAAAUUUUGAUUUUUUCCCAUAGGAAUGCAUGGGUUAGGGUUAGGGUUAGGGUUGGAGCUAGGGUUAGGGUUAGGUGUGGGGUUGGAGUUAGGGUUAGUGUUGGAGCUAGGGUUAGGGUUGGGCUUGGAGCUAGGAUUUUUCUGAGUGCAAUGAACCAACUCCUGAGUCUCUAGGACGUUCCUAAAAAAAAUUGAUUUUUUCCUAUAGGAAUGCAUGGGUUAGGGUUAGGGUUAGGGUUGGAGCUAGGGCUAGGGUUAGGGUUAGGGUUGGAGUUAGGGUUAGUGUUGGAGCUAGGGUUAGGGUUGGGCUUGGAGCUAGGAUUUUUCUGAGUGCAAUGAACCAACUCCCGAGUCUCUAGGACGUUCCUAAAAAAAAUUGAUUUUUUCCCAUAGGAAUGCAUGGGUUAGGGUUAGGGUUAGGGUUAGGGUUAGGGUUGGAGCUAGCGUUAGGGUUAGGGUUAAGGUUGGAGCUAGGGUUAGGGUUAGGGUUAGGAUUAGGGUGGAGCUAGGGUUAGGGUUAGGGUUAGAGCUAGGGUUAGGGUUAGGGUUGGGGCUAGGGUUAGGGUUAGGGUUAGGGUUAAGGUUGGAGCUAGGGUUAGGGUUAGGGUUGGAGUUAGGGUUAGUGUUGGAGCUAGGGUUAGGCUUGGGCUUGGAGCUAGGAUUUUUCUGAGUGCAAUGAACCAACUCCCGAGUCUCUAGGACGUUCCUAAAAAAUUUUGAUUUUUUCCCAUAGGAAUGCAUGGGUUAGGGUUAGGGUUAGGGUUGGAACUAGGGUUAGGGUUAGGGUUAGGGUUGGAGUUAGGGUUAGGGUUAGGGUUAAGGUUGGAGCUAGGGAUAGGGUUAGGGUUAGGAUUAGGGUGGAGCUAGGGUUAGGGUUAGGGUUAGAGCUAGGGUUAGGGUUGGGGCUAGGGUUAGGGUUAGGGUUAGGGUUAAGUUUGGAGCUAGGGUUAGGGUUAGGGUUGGAGCUAGGGUUAGGGUUAGGGUUAGGUUUGGAGCUAGGGUUAGGGUUAGGGUUAGGGUUGGAAUUAGGGUUAGUGUUGGAGCUAGGGUUAGGGUUGGGCUUGGAGCUAGGAUUUUUCUGAGUGCAAUGAACCAACUCCCGAGUCUCUAGGACGUUCCUAAAAAAAUUUGAUUUUUUCCCAUAGGAAUGCAUGGGUUAGGGUUAGGGUUAGGGUUGGAGCUAGGGUUAGGGUUAGGGUUAGGGUUGGAGUUAGGGUUAGUGUUGGAGCUAGGGUUAGGGUUGGGCUUGGAGCUAGGAUUUUUCUGAGUGCAAUGAACCAACUCCCGAGUCUCUAGGACGUUCCUAAAAAAAAUUGAUUUUUUUCCAUAGGAAUGCAUGGGACAAAAAAAUUUGAAAAAGUGCCAACCCAAUUUUUCACCUUCCAGAAUUGUGUUAGGAGCACGUUUCAGGCCACGGGGAGUCUAUAGAACCUAAUUCUGGGGGAAGCUUUUUGAAAAGUUUACUUAGGGUUAGGGUUAGGGUUGGAGCUAGGGUUAGGGUUAGGGUUAGGGUUGGAGCUAGGGUUAGGGUUAGGGUUAAGGUUGGAGCUAGGGUUAGGGUUAGGGUUAGGGUUAGGGUUGGAGCUAGGGUUAGGGUUAGGGUUAGGGCUAGGGUUAGGGUUAGGGUUGGGGCUAGGGUUAGGGUUAGGGUUAGGGUUAAAGUUUCAAGAUCGCUGAUUCAAAGGAACCGCUGAUUGAUCGACAGGAAGGCACACCGUAGCCAUUUGUUAGGCGCCUUUAGACCCACCUCUGGUAGGUUGACUAAAUGUUAUGUUGUACUCGCAGUUUGGUGUCCAAAACUCCAUAGCAGAGACAAAUGAGUGACACUCACAGACACUGCAAUCAUUUAUCAUUAGCCGCACUCGAAAACCAAUUUGACAUAGGUUACCUGCUUCCUCUAUGAUCCUGUAUGAAGCUGUGUUUAGUAUAUUGUUUUUUAAGUGUCACCUCUCCUCUAUCUGCAUAACUUUCGGUAAGUUUCACCAUAAGAACGAACUCUUUCUACAUACUGUAUGUUUAGUCAGCCUUGUGUAGCUCGCUCUGUGACAUCUUACAUCCAUUAUGAGCUGCUGACCUCCACUAUAUUAAGAAAAGCCUUUUUUCAUCUACAUCGUUUCCCUUGAGUAUCUGCUACUUGAGAUGGAAAGUGUUUCACUCCGAUAAUACAUAAUUCAAACUCGCUGAAUUCGCCUUCAAAUAUUCAACUUAAGCACUUUUUGCGUACAUGUCACUUCAGGUCCCUUGUUUCCCUGCUUCCAUCAAUUGCAAACACCCAUUUCAGACUGCGCUUAAAUCCCCAGAGGAGCACCACUGUGGGUGGAAAGAUCUCCAGCACUGUGGCAGAACUUGUCAUGAAACAUUAAAAACUGAAUCUUCACUGUCACAUCCUGUCCAGAAGGAUCCAUCUGAAUGUCUAACUGUGGUGUGGUCGUGACCGCAGUCAAUGUUACGCUCUUUUAUUCAUAGGUUUUUUAGAAAACUUGUAAACAAGCAAAGUCAUCUGCACAUGGGACAAGUGUAGAGAAAAGAGACGGCUGGUGUCAUGCGACGCUGGAGGCUGUAUGAGGUCAAAGCACUACGUGACUAUACUGGCUGGUUUGUUUUUCUCAUUUCUAACAAUACAUCUCUCAAAUGAUAUGCAUCUUAUUGAGCUGUCCUCUGUCUGAGAGGGCUCCCUGUGAGACUGACUGUUGAUUCUUAGUCAAUAUUUGUUGUCUGUGUACGCUGAGUGAUGUCUUUUGUUUUGUUUUAGGCAGUAGCAGUGACAAACGUAUGCCAGUUAGAUCUGUCGUGUCAUGUAUUUCAUCAUUAAUAUUGACUUUGUGUUGUGUUUGUAUGUGUGGCGGCUGUUUGUCUGUCAGAGACUUUAUUACUUGGCUAGCACACUCAUGAAAAGAUGUUUAUUCUUCAUCUCCUGGUUAAAUACAGGUGAAUAAAAAAGGAAAUCUAAUACAAUAUAAUUUAUAGGAACCCUAUUUGUGUUUCUCUAUCAUGUUUCCCCCAGGUUGCAUUUCAUCUCCAGCCAUACAGAGGACGAAAUGACCAGACUGUGCAUGACAACAUCAAAUACAUCAUAGACAGGUAGGCACUUUUCUGGCUGUGUGCUCCAUCCAUCACUCACUCAAAUGGGAAAGCAUUAAGAUUUCAUGCAGAGCUGAAAAACAGAUGUUACAAACUGGAGGUACUUACAGAGAGAGGUCUGAUUAUGUAAGUCUGACUUUGUGAUUUUCAUACUUUCAGUUUCAAGGCAAACGUUUGUGUUCCGAAAGUACCUGUCAGGUUGAUGCUUGACUCCAAAAACACCUCAGAGGAAUAAGUUUUUGAAACAAACCAAAAAUCCAAUCUUUAUAUUUUGCCAGGGUAGAGUUAUUUUCUCUGUUGUUCAAGUCUCUACAGAGAAAACCGACAGAACCGUCUGUUCAGGUUGUCAGGAAUGAAUUAACUUUCUCUGUGACCUGUAAUCCAGAAACACAUUGUGCUCAUAUAAAAAUACCACAUUUUAUUAUGAAAACAAAAUAUUAUACUAUAGUAUGAUGAAUAAUAGUAGAAAAGUAUUAUUUAAAAAAAUAUAUUAUAGUAUGUCAAAAUAUCAUAGAAUAUUUUUGUUAAAAUUUUGUAGUAUAGUAUAUAAAAACAUCAUAUUUUAGUUUGAAAAAAUCAUAGUAUAGUAUGUUAAAAAACAGUUAAGUAUGAUAAAAAUGUCAUAGUAUGGUAUGAUUAAAAUGUCAUAGUAUAGUAUGAAAAUGAUAAUUGUUAAGUAUGAGAAUAAUUUCAUAGUGCAGUAUGUUAAAAUAUUAUGGUAUGUAUGAUAAAAAAUAGUAUAAACAUUAUAAUUGUUAAGUAUGAUAGAAAUGUCAUAGUAUAGUAUGAAAAUUAUAACUGUUGAUUAUGAUAAAAAUAUCAUAGUAUAGUAUGUGAUUAUAUUAUGGUAUGUAUGAAACAAAAUCAUAGUAUUGGAUGAUAAAAAUGUCAAAGCAUAGUAUAUUAAAAAAUCAUAGUUAAGUAUGAUAAAAAUAUCAUAGUAUAGUAUGAUAAACAUAAAGUAAGUUAAAAAUAUCAAAGUAUAGUUUGAUAAAAAAUGUGUAUGAUUGUACUAUUAAAAUGUCAUGGUAUAGUGUGAUUAAAAAUAAAGUAUGAUAAAAUUAUCAUCGCAUAGUUUGAUAAAAAUGUCAUUCGAUAGUUUGGCAAAAGUGCCAUAGUAUAGUAUGAUAAAAAUAUUAUAUAAAGUAUGAAAAAAAAUGUCAGAGUAUAGUUUCAUAAAAAUAACAUAGUAUAGUCCGUUAUAAAUAUCAUGGUAUAGUUGUAUAAAAAUGUCAUAGUGUAGUAAGAUAAAAGUGUCAUAGUAUGAUAAAAAAAUUAUACUGGGGACCUUGGAUUGAAAUUACCUUUAGUUUUUUAUAUAUUUGGAUCUACGUCUUUACACCCCUGACAGAGGAUGUUUAUACAGGUAGGAUUCACUGUUUUGUGCUCUUCAGGGUAUAAACUUUUCACAUUUGUUACUGGCAUUCCUCUGACAUUGAUCGAGUCAUUGUUGGUGAACUUUUGUCUCAUGACUUGACUGUAUCAUUCCUCCUAAAGGUAUGCAGACCAUGGAGCCUUCUACAAGUUUACCACCAGCACGGGGAAGAGUCUUCCUCUCUUCUAUAUCUAUGACACCUACCUGACUCCACCAGAGUCCUGGGCCGAAUUCUUGACUCCCACUGGCUCCCACAGCGUCCGCGGCUCCUCCUAUGACUCCAUAUUUAUCGCCUUGAUUGUGGAGGAGCGCCACAAGCACGACAUCCUCGCAGGUGGCUUUGACGGCAUGUACACUUACUUCGCCUCCAACGGUUUCUCUUUCGGCUCCUCGCACCAGAACUGGAAGGCCAUCAAAGCUUUCUGUGACGGCAACAACCUGCUCUUCAUCCCCAGUGUUGGACCAGGUUACAUCGACACCAGCAUCCGGCCGUGGAACAACCACAACAUGAGGAACAGGGUGAACGGUCGGUACUAUGAGACGGCCUUGCAAGCGGCGCUGAAUGUGAGGCCAGAUAUGGUCGCUAUCACGUCUUUUAAUGAAUGGCACGAGGGGACACAGAUAGAGAGGGCAGUGCCUAAAAAGACUGUGACCCGUGUGUACCUGGACUAUCAGCCACAUGGUCCUGAUCACUACCUGGAGCUGACCCGGCACUGGGCUGAGCAGUUCAACAAGGAGAAGGAGCAGUGGCUCAUGUGAACCUUCAAAGGCGGGAUUUGAACUAGCAUGCUUUAGUGGAAGUGUGUUUUACAUUACAGGGAGAGGAGUGAAGGUAGAGAUUGAUCAGAAUGAAUGUGAGUGAACACAUGAUGAUCUGUAAGAACACAACACAGUGAGAGUGGAGUGACUUUGUUUUCAGGUAAAGCAGAAAUAAAGGACUAUUCUGCAGUUUGUUCAAGUUUGUACUGACAGAAAGGACCUGUGAGAGUUUCAGUGGGCCUGACUCUGAUCUCUCAAUGAACUCCUGUCUCAAAGUUCCUGUAUGACAUGUUAAUAAAGAUGUUUCAGGGAAGGGUC